AUGAUUUUAAAUGCAUGUAAUGAAGGACUUUGGAAAAUAACAACAAAAGAUAAUAAAAAUGUACUUCAUGUUGCAAGCGAAAAAGGAAAUCUUCGACUUAUCAAAUCUCUCAUCGAAUGUGAUUGCGAUAAAGAUACAAAGGAUAGUUCUGGACAAACUCCACUCAUGUUUGCAUCAGUAAAUGGUCAUCUUGAAGUUGUUAAAUAUCUUAUCUCAGUUGGAGCUAAUAAAGAAGCAAAGAAUAAUAAAGGAUCUACUCCACUCAUUUAUGCAUCAACGGGUGGUCAUCUUGAAGUUGUUGAAUAUCUUAUCUCUGUUGGUGCUGAUAAAGAAGCAAAGAAUAAUGAUGGAUCUACUCCACUCAUUUAUGCAUCAAGAGAAGGUCAUAUUGAAGUUGUUAAAUAUCUUAUCUCAAUUAGAGCGAAUAAAGAAACACAGAAUUAUACAGGAUCUACUCCACUCAUUUCUGCAUCAGAAAGAGGUCAUCUUGAAGUUGUUCAAUACCUUAUCUCAGAUGGAUGUAAUAAAGAAGCAAAGAAUAAUGAUGGGUGGACUCCACUCAUUUUUGCCUCAGAAAGAGGUCAUCUUGAAGUUGUUAAAUACCUUAUCUCAGUUGGAUGUAAUAAAGAUGCAAAGACUAAAAAAAGGAUCUACUCCACUCAUUUUUGCAUCACAUAA